AGAGAGAACAGAAAACAGCUUCCUUUCUCUUUCUCUCAGUGGGUUGCGUUCAAUUGGGUUUGGUGGCUGUAAGCCUGUAACUAAUACUAUCCUCUUCUGGUUCGUUCAGCUUUACCAUCGAUCACUCAUGGAUUCUGUAUUUGAUACAGAGGCUCAAAAUGGGGUCUUAGAUAAUUCAGCAGAUGUUGAGCUUAGAUUAAAUCAUGAUGGUGCAAUUCUAGCAACUUGUGUUGUUGAGGAGGCUUCUAGUCUUGGGCAAAUUGAGCAAGUGGGUCAAAAUUCUUCAAGAGUGGAACAAAAUGCAGUUGAAGGAGACGAACCAUAUCUGGGCCAGGAAUUCGACUCAGAAGCAGCUGCACAUGCAUUUUAUAAUGCAUAUGCACUGAGAAUAGGUUUCAGAACACGUGUGAACGAUCUAUCUCGUUCUAGGGUUGAUGGCUCCAUCAUUGCUCGAACGCUAGUAUGUAACAAAGAGGGUUACCGAGUGGCUGAUAAGCGUGAGAGGAUGAGUGUGAGACCUCGACCCCCCACUAGGGUUGGUUGCAAGGCAAUGAUUUCAGUUAAGAAACUGAGUAUUGGAAAGUGGGUAGUUGCAAAGUUUGUCAAGGAGCAUACCCAUACACUGUCUCCAGGGAAGGGUAAAAAAGGAUCAAAUGAUCAAUCUACUACGGAUGAACAGAUGAAAAUCAAAGAAUUAACUCAACAACUGCUGGUUGAGAGAAAGCGGUCUGCUUCAUAUAGAAAAAUCAUAGACCUCCUAUUCAAUCACAUUGAAGAGCACACUCAAAACCUGUCGCAGAAGAUCCAGCGCAUAACUGAUAAUCUCCAAGAAAUUGUAUCAUCCGAGGGAAAGGGAAAAGACCGUCGAAAUGUCCCCUAGUCUGCAUUUCGUUUUGUAAUGUAAAUGUGAAAUCUGUAAAUUGAAUUUUCACAUUUGCCAUCUCAAUCUAUUGUCAAGUCAUGUUACCUACCUAUCAGUUGAUAUGAUAGUGUGUAUUUCCUUUCCCUUUUCCUUUUCUAUGGGAUGGAUGGCUGUUGAUCAAAAUAAUUUUUUUGUUCAAUUAUUCAAUAGAAUCGAAUUUACAUUUA